UUUUGCUUCUUCGCUUUUCUUGGUCUCCAGGCGAAUACAAUACCAGAAAUUUUCAACUCCUUGUAUAGAAGAAGAAAGGGAAAAAGAUUGCCAAGUUCGAUCAUUUGCAUUCAACUCAUCUAUCUAAGUAUGCCUCGACGGUCAUAUCGGCCUGAUCCUGUGUCGCCUGAAGCGCCUAUGGCGUCAAAGCGACGCGCUUCAGCCAGACUGUCCGCCGCCGAACCGGAGGUCAAACGGAUCAAGUCAAACGUCGACCUAUCCCUCCGCCAGGCAAAGACCACGACCAGCAAGAGCAAGUACUUCGAGCCGGAAGACUCUGAUGAGCCCGACUCGGAGUCCGAUGCCUCUGCCGGGGGAUCCUCUGGUUCUGUGUACGAGGAAGCAAAGGAAGAAUCCCCCGCCGACGAUGCGGAGCCGGAAGAACUCUCCGGCACCGACGAGGACGCGAAGAAGAAACCCAGCGCGCGGGGGAAGCAACGACAGGGCACCAGUAGCGGAAGCGACCUUUUGAAGGGCAAGGAGCUCUGGCGCGAGGGCGUCAGAGUGGGCCUAAAGCCCGGGCAAGAAGUUAUCAUCGCAAAGCCCAAAGCCCGAGACGCGGGGAAGAUCCCGUACCAGGAUGAGACGCUGCAUCCCAAUACCAGGCUGUUUUUGAUCGAUCUAGCUAGCAACAAUGAUCGCCAAUGGCUAAAAGCGCAUGAUCCGGAUUACCGAGCGGCAAAGAAGGAUUUUGAGACAUUCCUUGAGUCCCUCACGCCAAAGAUUGCGGAGGUGGACGCUACCGUCCCCGAACUUCCUGUGAAGGACCUGGUAUUCCGCAUCCACAGGGAUGUUCGCUUCAGCAAAAACCCACUUCCGUACAAGGUAGGCUAUCUUCCCCUCCGGGUCCCUGUCGCAUGUGUGCAUGUGGUGGGCAUGCGUGUGACGCAUUUCUCUGCUGCCUGGUCACGGACUGGUAAGAAGGGCCCGUACGCAGCAUACUAUGUCCACUUCCAGCCAGGCUCUUGUUUUGUUGGCUGCGGGCUGUGGAACCCCGAGUCAGAGCCACUUGCACUGCUGCGAGAGGACAUCGACGAGAACUCGGCUGGCUUGAAGGAGGUACUCCGGGCGCCGGAGAUGCGUCGUGAGUUUCUGAAGGGAGCGUCCGACGAUGACGAUGCGGUUGUGGACGCUUUUACGCAUCACAAUAGGGAGUCUGCUCUCAAGACGAAGCCCAAGGGUUACGAGGCAGACAACAAGAACAUCAAAUUACUUCGACUACGCAGUUUCACUAUUGGAAAGCCCAUUGCGGACGAUGAACUCACUGGAGACGAUGCCCAAGAGAAGAUUGCUGCUUUGGUUGGGGUUAUGGAGCCUUUCGUGACGUACCUCAACAGUGUAGUGAUGCCCGAUCAGUGACAUGAUUGGGGAAAAUCACUCGCGCCUAUUUGGCAUUGGACGGGACCUCGCGGGAGGGGGAGAGAUCACUCGGUUCUGUUUUACCUUACCAUUUACUUCUGGGCAUGCGUGUGUGAUAUGAGAGUUAUGGUAUGAAGUUGUUCGUAUUUGUUACCUGUCGAAUUUUCUCCAUUUUAUUUUUCUCAUUCGACAUCUGCCUUAGCUCGGGUCUUUUGUCUCUUGCAAUUCCUGGACUUGAAACCGGGAUCCCAUCCCCCACCUUGACGCCUCAUGCACAUGGCUUCUUUCGUCAGUCCCC